CCGCAGCGCGCGGGACAUUUGGUUACUCGCUCUGCUAGCACUCGCUCCCCCACCGACGCCGCCAUAAGCGCUGGCCUGGUGACUCGCUACUCAUGCCCAACCGUCUUUAGCGACUCAACAUUUCAGCCUCCAUGGAUUUAAUACCGCCAUAAUAUAUGACAUACUAUGCUUGCUGAUUUAGAGUCAUCUUUUGCGUGGCUUUUAGCGAGACAUGUCACUUGUAAAUGAAACAUUUAAAGCAACGCCCAGUCUGGCUUUUUAGUCCAACUGCGUGUGUGGGACAAACCUGCCAAGUCUGUCACCAUCUGUCAAGGUUGUUGGCAGCUGGCGCGCUAAGCUUGUGACAGCUUAGGUGGCAAACUUGGCUUGCUAAAGCUUAUCAAGCUUGACAUGUGAUGAUUAACACGAUGCUCAGAGAGGUCAAAAUACCACAGGCUGGAAUCACUCUGAAAGUUGAUCAACAAAUCGUCAAAGAAUCAUCGGAGAUACGCACAGCUGUCUAGGCCAGUUGCGUUUAGCGAGGAGUCACGUGAUCAUAGUUGAAGCUGGAAAUUGAGUUUUUGGGUUGUUAAGAGCGGCGUUGAGCUCCUAAGCAGAGCCUACUUGAACCGGCCCAGGAGCUGAGUACUCACACGCAUCUGGUCCUCUGCUCUCUUCAGGGUAUUUAUUGCUCGUGCCGCCCACGCCCACACCCAUCCCGUGUGUGGGUGCCGCCCACACCCACCCCGUGUGCAGGUGCCGCCCACGCUCAGCCCUAGUGUAGGUGCCGCCCACGACCACCCCGUGUGCAGGUGCCGCCCACCCAGUGUGUUGUUGCCGCCCACGCCCACGCCUUGUGUCGGUGUCGCCCACGCUCACCCCUUGUGUUUGUGCCGCCCACCCCAAGUGUGUCGGUGACGCCCACGCCCACCUCAUGUGUUAGUGCCGCCCACGCGGUGUGUCGGUGCCGCCCACGCCCACCCCGUGUGCUGUGGGACCUCACCGCCCUACCUGUGCGUUAUCGAUUAGUUCCAUGUUCCUUCCCUCUCUACCACACGUAAAUUGAAUUCAAAACCAGAUAAAUCAAAAUUGCAUUACACGCGGUAAAUGUUUUGCUAAGAGAAAGGUACACACAAACCCGGCUCAGAACCGCUGAGUAACCGCCCUCAGUGAUCAGUAGUUCAGCACUACCGACAGUGAACGUAAUUACCGAAAAGCAUACAGGACUCGCGGGAGAAAUAUACCAGGAAGCCUGUAUAUAUAUACACACAGAGGAGGAGAAGACCGUGAACAUGAAGCCAUCGACGUUGAAAUCUUGUGGGUGGUCCAAGAUGGCGUCCGUCGCCCUCUGCCUCUGGACCCACGUGGCUUUAGCAGGUAGCGUGGAUAGCGUUCGACAAGUCUGCCAUCUUGACGGUACAAGAUCAUGUGAUAACCCGCAACCCUCGGGUCAAUGUGACCCACGACGGUCACCGCACCUGGACCCUGCACCUCUCGCGGGUCAACGCCACGGACGCCGGCACCUACAUGUGUCAGGUCAACACCAUCGUCGCCAAGAGCCAGUUCGGCGUCCUCAACGUCGUCGUACCGCCCAACAUCAUAGAUGGGGAGAGCUCUGGCGACGUGAUGGUGCAGGAGGGAGCUAACAUCACGCUGACGUGUAGUGCCACCGGCACCCCCACCCCAGCCAUCACCUGGAGGCGAGAGGACCACAUGAAGAUCAACCUCAACAAGACCUUCAGAGUGACGGAGUACAAUGGCGCCAGUCUGCAGCUGGCGCGGGUCAGCAGGAUGGAUAUGGCAGCUUACCUCUGUAUCGCCCGCAACGGUGUUCCACCCAUCGUCAGCAAGAGGAUCCAGGUCAGCGUCGACUUUCCUCCCAUGAUGAGCAUCCCACACCAGCUGGUCGGGGCGCCCCUGGGCUACAGCAUCACCCUCGAGUGCACCAUCGAGGCCCACCCGCCGGCCCUCACCUACUGGACCAGGAACCAGGGGGUCAUGCUCCACCAGGGACGCAAGUACCACAUCACCGAGCGGCCGGGGGAAGUGUCGUACCGCACGCACAUGAAGCUCACCAUCAGGAGCCUGCGGAAGGAGGACGACUACGGACCCUACAAGUGUGUCGCCAAGAACUCCCGCGGAGAGACGGAGGGACUCAUCAAGCUGUACGAGACGGAGCCCCCGACGCCCGUGCCGACCAACCCGCCUUCCUAUCUCGACAAGCUUUUCAAAGAUUUACACCACAAGACAACCAACAGUGUGGCGGGGAAAGGUCAGGGAGACAAGCCGAACAUGGAGGAUCCAGCGGAGAUCGGCGAGGACGACGACGAGGUCCUUCACGCUGGGGACCUGGAGGAGAUCAAGGACAUGGAGCAGCCGGAUGGACCUUGGCAUCCAGAGGACAGACGGAGGAUGGAGGAGGACAGACGGCGCGAGCGAGGACCACACGAGCAAGAGCAAGGUCAUUUCUUCACCAACAUCUUCAGUGUCGCUGCUAUUGGUCGGGAGGUGUGGCUCCCCAUGCAGCUGGUGGUGGUCGGCGCCGUCGCCCUACGCCUCCACUUCCUCUUGUGAUGAAGAGGAUAUACCAUACCUAAAAUUGGUCUCCGAAUUGUGAAUAACCCUAGCUAGUUUCCAUGACGUGAAUUCAAGUCACUUUUCAUCGCUCUCAUGGCUAUCAAUUGUUUUUUUUAGACACGGUGUGUGUGUGAGAUAACAUGGUGGAAUAUAUGUCAAUGUUUGUGUAUAUAUGCGCAGUAGUGUUCCUAUUUGUUCCUGUCUUGUGCUUUAAUGAUAUUAGAUGCGAUUUAACGGCACAAACUGUAAUAUAAUAAUCACAUAAGUUACUGAUGACCAUAAUCACUCACCAGCUCAAAUGGCUGUAGAAUUUCUGUUCAACUCAAAAUGAUUUGUUUUUUAUAUAUGUUCUUAAUUCGUUGCUCAUGUUUAACCUAUGACCCAUACUCAGCCCUUGAUCCAGACUCAGCCCAGGACCCAGACUCAGCCCAGGACCCAGACUCAGCCCAGGACCCAGACUCAGCCCAGGACCCAGACUCAGCCCAGGACCCAGACUCAGCCCAGGACCCAGACUCAGCCCAGGACCCAGACUCAGCCCAGGACCCAGACUCAGCCCAGGACCCAGACUCAGCCCAGGACCCAGACUCAGCCCAGGACCCAUACUUAACCCAGGACCCAGACUCAGCCCAGGACCCAGACUCAGCCCAGGACCCAGACUCAGCCGUUUCUCAUCUUCGAAAUAGUACCUUUCAUAAUAACACAGUAAACAAAAAUAAACAAAUACACUCUCAACAAGAUACCCAACAUGGAUCUCACAGCAAUAAACAAAAAUUACUCGACAAAAGACAACAAAAUUCCCAUGUUCUAUAUACCGAUGAUAUACACUCAAAACAAUCAAGAAACUCCACAGAAGUAAUAAUCCAAGCCAGGAAGACUGUAGACCCACAGAGAUAACACCGUAAAUAUUUGACGAGACGCGCAACAAGACUUUCACUAAACCAAAAUUAAUCUCGGAAAAAGAUUAAAGUGAGGAGCAUCAUCUUCUCUCCGUGCCCGUCUUCAUCAACAAAGGCCAAAUGUUCCUUAAUCCAGCCUCAAAGUCCCCCAUUUGUGAAUGAAAAGCGGUUUACACACGAUGACAGUCGAACAUUUAUCGAACAGCGCUUGGAUGACGACCACUGUACGCUGUAAAAGUAUUCACCCACGUACUACAAAUACAAAUAAUCGCUGACAGAACCUAAUUACCUAACCUACCCUACGCCUAACUAUACACAGAAUUUUAAUAUAUACAUGAGAACAAAGCUACGUUUAAUGUUACGGGCUAUUCAUGCCCGUGCCACCUCUUGGGUGGCUUAAUCUUCAUCAAUCAAUCAUCUUUUUUUAAUACGUAGUACGUUAAAAAUUAUGAAUGCCUCUUUGGGGGGACGGCCGCAACUUUAACGACCCUGGCCUGAGGACGGGUUGUCUGAUAGGCUCUGCUCGACAACUCAUUCUCAGGCAGCCCAUCCUCGUUAACAAAGGCAACAGGCUCAUUAAUCCAGCCACCAAACUACCUGUUUAUGAACGAAACACGGUUUACAUUCGACUCAAUGCCUAAUUAUGCAUAUAACUAAUAUAUAAUAUUGAUUUAUAUAUGAUGAUAAAAAUAUUUUAUAUUAAACUUUAUGAAUGUUUAUACAUUAAAAUGUAUGAAUGCUUAUAUGAAUAAUUUAUAUAUGAUGAAAAUAUUGUAAUACACAAUACAUGUAUAAUACAUUAAAAUUGACGAAUGAGCAUUUGGGGUCGGCCGCUGCAUGGAGUGCAUACCUUGAGGUCAGGUUGCAAUACAAAUAAUUGUAAAUAGGUACACAACACCUAACAUAUCCUAGCUUUAAUUAUACUGAAAAUUUAAAUCAAUAACAAUAUUAACUUAUGAGUAAAUACCGUUUUUUUAUAUUCAGUCCAUUAAAACUGAUGAAUGCAUCUUUGAGGUUGGCCUCAGCUUGAACGGACAUAGCCUAUUGAUGGGUUCUCCUUUACAAGUCCAAGUUUUUGAAGAUUACUGUAAACACGUGCAGAGAUAAAUAACGCGAGUUAUUUAUUUACCCCAACAUGAACAAAACUGACAGACAGACUCAAAUAUGCACAUAUACUCGACAAGGAUUCAUGGGUUUAUUGAUAGCUUUAUUCUUUACGAAAACGAUAGGUGCAACAGGUGAAUGGAACUGCUGGCUAGGUGCGUUGACAAAUGUACCAGGACAGUGUGUUGGCUUGUGUUAUAUAGCCACUGUUUGCGUGUGUGUGUGAUGUUCCUUACCCCGGGGCUGAUGUGCUCCUUGAUUAUACAUGUGAAUGUAACGAAUUGUGGCAGCGAGGUGCAAGAGUCCGUGGCCGCUCAGCGGGAAUCAACGAUGUAAAUACAAGGCCACAAAAAAUGAAAAAACAAAAAAAAGUUAAUCCGUAUUCAGCCAUAUCCAAUGACUAACAGAUUUAUGUACUGUGUAGAUAAAACUAUGGAGAUAUAUCGCCUUGUCUGUCUCAUCAUGUAUAUAUAUAUUAUUAGUAGCGUUAUAUAACAUAUGUACAGAGGUGUUUUCCAUUUAUUGAACGAGAUAAAGCAGAGCAGCAGCCUGGCGGGAAUUCUUAUCCUCCACCGUAAGUCUGGUACACUCCUCCAGGUGGCCUAAAGGAGCUUACUUCAGGUUCCUGUGACACAAGGGGGAACCUAAAACAGGAUCUUGUGGCGUAAGGAAUCCUCCUACAAGUUCCUGUAGCGUAACGGAGCCUCCUACAGGUUCGUGUGGCAUAAAGAAAGCCUACACACGCUGGAGGUAUAUUGGGAGACCUCGUUAUUUACAGACUGAGCCAGCUGGCGCCAAGAGGGAUCCAACAACUGUCUGACAAAACAUAUUGUACCUAGAGAAAUCAAACAUUUCAGACGACUCCUAACGACGUCUUGAACAAUCCAACACCUUUGAAGCAGGUUGUUAUGACUUUAAGAGGGAUAUGAUGACUAUCAAACUUGAUGCAUUUUAUUUUAAAUAUAUCACAAUUUCAGACAGGUCCUGAUGGUGUUAAGAGGGCUUCAGUAAUUACUUGUGGCUUCCACGCCCCCUGAGAAGAGUGUCACCAACAUGAAGGGGCAAGCAAUGUAUAGAGAAUCUUGGGGAUCUUCAGAAGAAGAGAGGAGGUAGUAUGUACAUAAUAUUCCCAGCAUCCCUUGCAGGGCUCCAGGGAUGCCAAGUUUUUGGUGCAUUGACCCUUAAUGGGUUUUCUCGAGCUUUAGGAAAGUUAAAAACUUGUUGAUAUGUAUGCCUUAGAAAGUGUGUGUGUGUGCGCGCGCGCAUGCAUGUGUGCGUGUAUAUGGUUUUCCCUAUUUAUGAAUGUGCGCGUGAGCCUGAAUGUAUCUAACAACCCCAUUAUUAAAUUUUAAAAGGCCGCCAAUCACUGCAAAGUGAUGUGUACAUAUGGCUACGCUUGGUGUGACAAACACACAUGUCUAGACAAUCUUGGUGCCGGAUAUUGUCACACGUCUCUUGGCUAGGCUAUUAUGAUUUUUUUUUAUUUACUUUAUACAACUAUCAGUAAAGCAUACGUCUGGAUGCAGCCUUACACCACCUCACCAAGGCAAUGUUUUAGUGGCGACCUUAAUUGCUACCUUCCCCAUGAUGUCCGGUGCAGAAAUUCACCCUGAUUACUAAAGCUUGUUACAGGGAAAUUUUAGGCUCGUAUUUUAUCGAGGCGGAGCCAGUUGAAAAUAAUUAUACUUAUUUGUCUGGUUACUGGUGACUGACCGUGUUGUAAAUGUGUGGGUGAGUGAGUGCUGGUGUGUGAGUGUGUACUGGUAUAUGAGUGUGUGCUGGUGUAUGAGUGUAUGCCUGCCAGUGUAUAUAGAGCUGUGGCAGUAACAUCUUUAAGCUUGUCAUCACAACUCUGGAGACAGAGAUGGUAAUAUUUAUUAUAUAGACAAGGAACAAAAUCGCAGAAAUAAUUCAUUUUGUUCCAUUAUUAUAUUUACAGCUUGUAUAAUACAAGAGUGUCAUACCAACUUAUAUCCAUAUUAUCACAUGGAUUUUUAGCGAGUUUUUGUAUGAAAAUAAAUACAGAAUGUUAUAAUAGAUUAAUGUAUAUUUUUCCUUCUGAAAAUAGUUACCUCUUGACAUCUGUUUAAAGCUUACAUGGACAAAGAUUACGUAUUAAGUGUUGUGUUAUGAGUGAAGACAUUUUUGAAUAAAUAUUGAUGAAA